UGAAGUGGGAGGGGCUUAGAAGGCAGUUGGAGGCUCCGGUGUUAGCAACAGCCGUGAGAGUCGUGCUGAGCUUCGGGGAGCUGUCGCUGUUCAGAGCCCGCGAGCGACUGAAACUUCACUGCCAAGAUGUCCGACGACGAACAAGAGCAGACCAUAGCCGAGGACCUGGUUGUCACCAAGUACAAGAUGGGUGGUGACAUCGCCAACCAGGCUCUUCGCCUAGUUGUGGAAACAGCCACUCCCGGGGUGUUGGUGCUCAGCCUCUGUGAGAAGGGGGAUGCCUACAUCAUGGCUGAGACUGGAAAGGUCUUCAAAAGGGAGAAGGAAAUGAAGAAAGGCAUUGCCUUUCCCACCAGCGUCUCAGUUAAUAACUGUGUUUGCCACUUCUCUCCCCUGAAGAGUGACCACGACUCCACACUUAAAGAUGGGGAUCUGGUCAAAAUUGAUCUAGGAGUUCAUGUUGACGGCUUCAUUGCCAAUGUUGCUCAUAGCUUUGUGGUGGGAGCCAGUAAGGAGAACCCCGUUACAGGCAGGAAAGCUGACGUAAUCAAAGCGGCUCAUCUUUGUGCGGAAGCAGCUCUUCGCCUUGUUAAACCUGGUAACAAGAACACUCAAGUGACAGAAGCCUGGAACAAGAUUGCUCAGUCGUUCAACUGCUCACCGAUAGAGGGUAUGCUGUCUCAUCAGCUAAAGCAACAUGUCAUAGAUGGAGAGAAGACAAUCAUUCAGAACCCGACAGACCAGCAAAGGAAGGACCAUGAGAAGGCAGAGUUCGAGGUACAUGAAGUCUAUGCUGUUGACGUCUUGAUAAGCACUGGAGAAGGAAAGGCCAGAGAUGGAGGUCUGAGGACCACCAUUUAUAAGAGGGACCCCAGUAAGCAAUACGGCUUGAAGAUGAAAACUUCCCGUACGUUCUUCAGCGAAGUUGACCGGCGCUUUGAUGCCAUGCCUUUUACUCUCCGAGCAUUCGAGGAUGAGGCCAAAGCCCGUCUGGGUGUGGUGGAGUGUGCCAAACAUGAAUUGCUACAGCCCUUCAGUGUGCUACAUGAGAAAGAGGGAGAGUGUGUAGCUCAGUUUAAGUUCACAGUGUUGCUGAUGGCCAACGGGCCUCACAGAAUCACCAGCGGACCCUUAGAUCCAGAGCUCUACAAGUCAGCGCAUGAAGUACAGGAUGCAGAGCUACGAACUUUACUACAGAGCUCUGCAAGCCGUAAAACACAGAAGAAAAAGAAAAAGAAGGCCUCAAAGACAGCAGAAAAUGCGACUGGACAACCAACCGAGGACACCAAAGCCGUACAAUAACAAAAUGCUGACUUUCCACACAUACAAGACCAAAUUGACAAAUUGACUGAAAGUCUCAGCCCAUUAUACAUCUUUGAUUUCACAAAUGAAAUGGCUGAAUUUUAGAUCUUACAUGGAUGCGUAACAUUUUCCUGCAGUAACUGAAAGUACCAUGUUACUUUUUCUUCCCUUACUUGAGAAAUAAAGAAUAUUUUCAAAUAGUUUUACAUCUUUAAAAGUACAUGUUGCAAAAUGGUACAUGUGCGACUGGUGCCUGCAUACCUUCUUUUUACUUAAAUAAUCUUUUGAUCCUCUUCACAUUUAUAUUAUUCACAACUUUCAAGUAAAAUGGAAGCUUACAGUGGGCAUUAAUGGAAGUGGAUCAGUCUGUAUUUUACAGCUGUGAAGGAUUAAUAGAUGACACCAACGAAAACAUGAGUCACAACAGGUUAAUUAAACUUGUUCAUAUGUAAACAAUGAUUUAUAGUGAAAAACUUGCCAAUAAAAUACAUUUAUUCAGUUUA